CACAACACAGUCUCUUUUACACAAGUCUUUAAUUAGAUCUGGGUAGAGUUGUUGUUAAACACUUCUUUUUAUGGAUAUCCAUUUGUUUUUUGUUAAUUAUGAAGCCAUCUAGCUUACUUGGUUUGGUUAUAGUUCCAUUAUUGUUCUUAUGUUUGGUGCUUAUAGAGGCAAAUUUGAUGCUGUUAUCAUGCAUUUAGUUAAGUGAAUAAUAAUAAUAUUCAUCAUCAUCAUCAGUUCAUCAUGAUGACCACUGUUGAGAUCGUUCAUGUGUUGGAAUUGUGUUUGGUUAAGGUUUUUUUCGUGUUAAGUCCCAUUGUAGUUGUUUCAGUUGAUGUUUCCAUAGAAAAAGAUUGAAAAAGAACUCCCAGCUAAUCAUUUAUUCAAUCAAAGCAGACAAUUUGCUUCUUGUUUCUGCUGUUCAAGAGGGAUAUUUAAUCAUUUGGCCAGUCCUUGUUUCAAAGGGGUAAUUCAGAGAUAUUGUCACUUGUCCUUUAAUGGCCUCCAACGGUACAAAUCGGUCAUUGCUCUCAGGAUUAGUCGAUCCUACACCUCCGAAAAGUAAUGAAAAUACUUCCAAGAUAAGACGAUAUCGUCGUUGUAAAAGUGCUCCUACAGCUGAUUUUCUUCCUGCAGAAAUUGGCUUAAACAACCUUCAACGCUCUGCAUCCAUUUUUGGGAAACCCCAUCCACAUUAUUUGAGAAUGGCUGCAUACUUGGGUGUGUACCUUAGUGCAGGCACCAUAUGCUUCUACAGUGUGAAGAGCCAAAUCACCGGGAAGAAAACCAAUGGAAUCGUGGAUUCUAUUUAUUUCUGUAUUGUGACAAUGACCACCGUGGGAUAUGGGGACCUUGUGCCUAAUAGUGUCCUUGCGAAACUACUCGCCUGUGCUUUUGUCUUUGCAGGGAUGGGUCUAGGUGGUAUAAUGCUCAGCAAAGCAGCCGACUAUUUGGUAGAGAAGCAGGAAAUCUUGCUGAUUAAGGCCCUACAUAGACGUCAAAAACUUGGUCCAAUGGAUAUGCAAAAAGAGGUUGAAACCAACGGACUGAGGUACAAAUGCAUCUUGUUUCUGAUCAUCAUAUCGGUGCUCAUCAUCGUUGGGACAGUCGUCCUCGCCUUAGUUGAAGGAAUGGACUUCGUCGAUGCAUUCUACUGUGUUUGUUCUACCAUCACAACUUUAGGUUAUGGUGACAAGAGCUUCUCAACUACAGGGGGUCGCUCUUUCGCAAUCAUUUGGAUCCUGACUAGUACCAUAUCAUUAGGUCGGUUUUUUCUCCACAUUGCUGAGCUAAACACUUUAAAGAGACAAAAGAAACUGGUCAAUUGGGUUCUUAAUCGGAGAAUGACAGCCAUAGAUUUGGAGGCAGCCGAUCUUGAUGGUGAUGGUGAUGUUAGUGCCGCGGAAUUCAUCAUAUAUAAGCUUAGGGAGAUGGGGAAGAUUUGCCAAGAAGAUAUUUCACCAAUACUGAAGGAGUUUGAGGAUCUUGAUGUUGAUCAAUCGGGAACAUUGUCGACGUCAGAUAUAACUCUUGCUCAAAAUCCUCAAACCAACAGCUGAAUUUGAUCUUCUUGUAACAUAAAACUAUGGUCAACAUAUUAUUGUCAAUGUAUCAUGUCUGUACUACUUGUUGCUUCUGAAUUCUCCUUGUAACUUUGUUUAAGAGCAAAUGGUGUCCCUUUGUAUGAGGAAAUAAAAUGAGUUCCUUUCUAAA